GGAACGUCGGUUAAGCACAAAUCGGGCAACUCACUGGGGACGCAUUGUCGACUUGCUCCACACUAGAGGUGAAUACGAGUGCCCAGUCCACCGAUCAUCAUCAUUAUCGCUUUGCACCUAGGUAUUUGCACCGGUAGUUAAAUGCUGCGGUUCUUCCUGCUUUAUUUCUCUAGUAGUUUCACUUUCACUUGGACUGAACAGCUUUCAAACCACAUAUUCAAUUCACGGCACUCCAGCCCGGUAAUUGCCAAAAUGAAGCUCUCACUUCUUGCACUGGCCAGUGCUGCCUCCGCGGCCGUCAUCACCACGCGCGAUGUUGUUUUCGAAGCCCGCAACUUCACCGCCAGCUGCGUCCCUCACAGCGCCAUGUGCUUCUACUCCCUAAAUGCCUUCAUGCCUGGAACCAUGGACACCCUAGGCUAUGAUUGCACCGCCUCCGGUGUGGGCGGACCGGGAAUCCUCCCCGAGAUACAAGGCGGCACCUGCCCUCCCUCAUCGCGUACUUUCGACGUCGUCCGAAACGAGACCGGCAUGACCGUCAUCGUCAGCGUUCAAGUAUCUCCUCUUAGCUACACCAGGGGCGCGCAUUUCAUUCCCAACGAGCAGAUCCAGGUCAUCAAGGGCGUUACUCCGACUGGGGAUUACACGGCCUAUGUUGGACCCAAGGACUUUCCGCUGGAGAGGAUAUGGUAGUAGUGCAGGGAUGAUGGACGCUGAAUGCGGGGCAUAGGCUUGCAAGAUGCUCGUGUUCAAUCAUUUCUCAGAACGCAUCAGGGGUUUUCUAAACCGCACUGCGGUUAUGUCUAUUUCAAUUCUAGCAGCAUCAAGCCACAUAGCUACACCAAGUCAAAAGCAUUACCCAACGCCAUGCUGUUCCCCAACACCGUCCAAUGCAAAGCCCCAACUCCUAGCUAAAGCACCAACAGCACCACUUAAGCCUGCGUGGUAGCGCAAUCACCACCUCCCAACCCACCACUGCAGAGACGGGUGCAGCCGAUGCCGAGAUCAGCGGUCUUGAUGCACUCGUCGUUCUUGACGCGGGUGAUGAGAUCGCCCUUGCAGUUGGGACCCUCGCUGUCCUGGUAGGCGAACCAGACAUCGGAGAAGGAGUCGGUCCUGAUGGACUUGAUGUCGGAGGGGAUGGGGGCAUCACCGGUGGAGAAGCCGUUGAAGACCUUCUUGUCGACUUCGGUACCGCUGU